UGGGGCGGAUGGCAGAAAACCAGCAGCGAUGGACGUUACACCGCGGGAUUCCCACUAACGAUGUCUUUAAACAAACAUCGGAACACCGCGUUUUCACACCUAUCGCCCUAGGACGCUGACAGCCCAACAGAAAGGGAUGCUGUACCUUCACUGCUCCAUGUGCUCUCAAGUCCAUAAAUGACCCUUUCACCAAAAUCUGAGGAGGCCUAGGAGGUGCCGGCGAGAGAAACAAAAAGAGAGAGAGAGUAAAACAAGGAAGGAAGAGCAGGAGGAAAUCAUAUUUUCGCCUCAGCUGUCAGGUAUCCCUCUAUGUGCCAGUCAGUCAGGGAUGGUCAGACCAGUAACCUCUGCUCCCCGUGGUGAAAAGAAGCUCCCUGUGUCUCCAGUGAGCCAAACGGCCUGUCCAUUCACCAAACAGACACCAGGACAGUCCACCAGUCAGUCACUCCAUCAACCAGCCUGCUAUCAUCCAGCAACUUCUUACCUCAUGCCAUGACUGCCCUGUCUGACCUGUUUUUAGGAACUCGCUAAUUCAUGCCCCGCAGUGUGAGUGGAGUGGAGAUGAGAAAAAGGCAGGCGGCACACAUCGAGGCCCCUCCCCAGGCCCCUGGACAGCCCCGACCCAACACCUGCUGCCUCUGCUGGUGUGGCUGCUGCAAGUGUCUCUGGAACGAAGACAGACUUGAGAGGAGUGAGCGACAGACCUGUACCAAGAUGGAUAGUAUUGAAGCUACAGAAGAACAACAUCCUAGUCUUGAGGAAGUGUUAUCAUGGGCACGGAGCUUUGAGAUGAUGCUGCGCUCAUUGGAAGGCCGGGAGGUCUUCCAGGAGUUCCUGCGCUCAGAGUACAGUGAGGACAACCUACUUUUCUGGUUAGCUUGUGAAGAGCUGAAAAAAGAGACCAAUCCCAAAGUGGUGGAAGAGAAAGCGAGGAUCAUAUAUGAAGACUACGUGUCUAUAUUAUCACCAAAAGAGGUGAGUCUCGAUUCACGGGUAAGAGAAGGAAUAAACCAGACCCUUGCGGAGCCCAGCAACCUGAUGUACGAGGAGGCCCAGUUCCAGAUCUACACCCUGAUGCACCGAGACUCCUUCCCCCGUUUCCUCAACUCCUCUGUUUACAGAGACCUCCUGGCCAACAGGAGGCGCACCUGCCUCGACACCUAAAACCCCUCUGACCUCCUCCAUCGCCAUCGUAUGCCAACAAGACUACUACUUAAACUUCAAAUACUACUAUGGUGCCAGAAGUCGGGUUUGGACAAUCUCUCCCUGCUCUUUGAUUGAAAAGACUGAAUGACAUCCAAGAUAGCUGGUUGUUUUUGUUUUUGUUUUUUUUAUUUAUAUUUUUUAAGCAAUUUAUAUCCAGUUCUCCACUGGAGCCAGGUCGGCCUUUGCUGGUUUGUUAUUGGUCAGUUUGAGACCAUUAAUGCUGGCCAGUGAUUGUUUCGCUAGCAAUUUGUGCUGUUUGUUAUGUCUGACUGGCCAACUGUGUGGGCUGUUGGUUGUGGCAAACAUGAAGGCCGGCUGUUUAACUGUGGACGUGGACUCCUCAGACACUGGGGAUGAAAAGAGAGAGAGAGAGAGAGAGACAAAAGGACACACCAACUGUUCCUGUACUGUAAUAUUUAGACCUCAUGCUUUCUACUUUUAAUGCUCUUUGUAUUAAUUUUUUUAUGUUCAGUUUUCUAAUUUUGUCUCAUCCACACACAGAUGUGUUUUACUUUCUAUAGUUUUUAUUUCUUUACUGUCCAAACAUGACACAUAGUAGUUGUUGGUGGGCGUCUCUGCCUAUUACUCCAGUAGAAGCACUGGCUCUGCAUAAAACUCUCUCUCUACAGUAGCUUGAUGAUGUAAGCCGUGGACUGCAACUGUUUUUUGAAAAUUGAGAUUUGUUAAGGCAGGUGACCUGUCUCUCUGUCUCGCUGUCUAUGUUCAGUGAAGGGAAAAAGUACUACUUCUGCCAAUCAAGAGCUUAUUGCAAUUUUCACUGAGGAGAUUUGAAGGCUCCUGCAGCAACGGCAGCAGCACGUACACAUACGUCCAUCCAGCUGUUCACAUAUCCGUCCAUCUGUCAGUCAGUCAAAGCACUUUCCUUCUUUAGGAUUCUUUUACUGGGAGAAGUAAGGGCUAGAAUGUGGUUGGGCAGCUACAUGUAUUUCUCAUGAACUUUGAAACAAAAAAUUCUCCGCUGAGAAAAUCACAAUGCCUUUACAUUUAAGAAAAGGCAGCACAAGGGCUGCUGGAGUUCUUUUUUUUUUUCUUCUGGAGAGCAACCACAGUUAGUCCAAUGAUCCCUGCCUCCCAUCCUUUUUCCCUCCCUCCAGCUCAGACCAUCACAGCCUGACAAGCACAGGUGCCCAAUGUGGGGGAAGAAAUACAUCUUGACAAAAUAAACAUAGAUAACUAACAUCCACUCCAAAAAAGUCAUUUACACAUGGAAAUUCUCACAGAAUAGAGGGUUUACCUUUAAGUGUUGAAGCAGUGGAUUGAUCUUUGUGGGGAAGCUGGUUCUGCUUGUGGAGAAAUUCAGCAGAUGCAGCAGACACUGAUGUAAUUAAAAGGGCUUUGAGCCCUGGCCUUUGUCUGUAAGGCUUUAGCUGUAGAUGCUGUAGGUAACUUGACAGACCUUGGACUGGGAUGUCCAAUUUGUGACCUGGGUGCCAAACAUGAUGUCAGAGAUGCUGUGAAGAGUUAUACAAUGCGACUGGUCACUAGGCUGUGGAGUCUUGACAGUAUGUGUCUUUUAUUACUGCCUACUAAAGACACUCAUUUUGCCAGUGAAGAGGGUUGGUAAAAUAAUGCUAACUUGCUACCGUAUCAGGUAAGCAAAGACGCUUGCACAGUCAUGCUACAUGCUAGCCUCUUCAACAAGGCUAACUAGGUUUAAGCAUGCUGUAGUAAAGCAGUUAGCAUGUUUGUGCUAGCCAUGCUAAUCUUCCAUCCUACUGCCAGCCCUCUCACACUCUGGUUUCUUUUCUAAUCUGACUUUAACAGCAUGCGAUGAUAACGGCUAUGUGUGUGUGUGUGCGUGUGUAUGGUACAGUUACACACCCAACAGAAAAAAAAUAGAAAAUAAAAAAUGUCGUUUUUUUGUUUUUUUUUUUGCCAAAUGUCCCAUUUAACAUUUUUAGUAUAUAAAUGGACAAUUUUUAUUGAUGAACUUUGUUCCUGGCCUGUGGAUGUGCAGUAGAAAGUGCAUGAGUGCAGUAUAUGCUAUUUUUUACCGUCAAUUACCUGGGCCUCAGAGUAUAUUGAUUAUAUUACAUGAUGAGUAGCAGCAGAGCUUUUUCUUUGGUGGUUAUAGCAGUCUUAAAGUGUCAAUGAAAGAGUGGCACUCCUCAUUGAGGAACAUGGGCACUGAUGUUGCCACCUUCUUUUAACUACCUGAUGUUCAUGUGCCAAGUUUGGACUAGAUAAAAUUUUAGAAUGUCUAGCAGACUAGUGCAAUUGGAUGUAGUUGUAAUGAGGGUUGUAACAAUACAUAAUUUUUAAGCUUCAGUGUGACACUAGUGAAAACUGACUAUUGAUGCCUGUUUUCAAACCAUGGUAACAAAAAAAAGGAAUCAUAGGAAUUCAACAUUUGGUUAUUUCUUGUUUUCAAUCAUGAUAUCCUGGCAGGCUCCUUCAUGCUGUCUAAAUGUCACUACUGUGUUGACGGAGCAGAAAAUAUGCCAGUGUAUUUGUACAAUUUAGACAAAUUGUAGUGUUGCCUGCAAUUAUCUAAUGAUUUACUCCUCUCCUGUGCACUGUUCUUUUGAAAUAGACAGUUUUUAAAGUUUCAGCACUAUAACAUAAUUUAUAUUGUUUAACAUUACAUGAUAUUGAAAAAGUAUCAAAGUAUUUAAAAAAAAAGUUGACAGAUUUAGUAAUAGAUUAGAGUCUAUUUCAAACUUUGUCCCUCUAUUUUAGUUAUUGGUUUUGAAAUGAAAAUCAUGUACCUGUCAGGAAACAUUUAAUGCCUUUAGAUCUCAUUUUGAAAAAUAAUCUAACCCGGAAAGAUUGUUCAAUUUCUCUUCUCAAAAAGAGAUGCAGAAAUUCCUGUUUCUAAAUGGAAUCAAGUCCAUGGACUCUCACCAAGUUUUCCUAGUUCAUAACCAACUUGAUAUCUGGGGAUUUAACGAUACCUCACAGUGCAAACACAAAUAUGGACAAUUGAAAUUGAUUUAUCUAAAUUUAUAUUGCAGUAGUCCUUUUUAACUAGCAGAGGGAGCUAUUUGCUUUUGGCUUCUGUUGACGUCAGUAGCUGAAGAAGUGAGACAUGCAGACACAGUGAAAGCAACCUCAAAAUAUAAGUUUUAUAUAUUAAAGUCAUAUAUUUUUUUUAUUGUCAGAAAAUCAAAAUAAAAACAUCAUAUUUUAUUCAUAAAUGGCCUUAGAUUUUAUGUCUUUAUUAGAAAUUUAAAAAAAACACGAUACAACCGUAUUUUCAACCCAACAUCAUGAUGCAUAUCGUAUCUUGAGUUGAGUGUAUUGUUACAUCCCAAAGCAUAUUAUUGCAGAAGCUUUCAUUUGUCAAUUAUUGGUUAAAAGUAAUGAAGUUCCCGGUGUUGAGAGCAGAAAGCUAGUCUAAACCAGUAACCACCACACAGUUAAAAAAAAAAAAACUAUAUUUAAUCUUUUAAUACGGUACUCACUAAAGACUACAUUCAUACCCUUGAGGACUUGACUAAUAUUGCUUAGCUUCUGUAAUGAAGAGCUGUGCAUGCAUGCGCUCAGUUGUUUGGAUGUAGAUGGAUGCAAAGUCAUUUACCAAUUAUGACACUGAAGGCAGGAUUUUCCAGAAGAACUUCAGAUGUUGUAUUUGGACAACUCUGUCAUCGUUGACUCAGUAGGAGGAUGCCUGCCUCUCCUGUCAAGCAGACAAAUUACUCCUCUGCGCAGUAAAGCUGAGUCUAUGCGAUAUUUAACACAAGAAUGUUUCACCACGAACCGCAUCAUGAAAUCAUGGUGCGAUUAUACAGAGUUUACAUUUAUAAAUUGUGAGAUGUGUGUACCUUGUUAAAUACUUGGGAGAAAACUUUCUCCAGUGAGAGCAGAGGAGCCAGCAGGCUUAUGGCUGGCCUGAGACUCUGCACUGUGCUAACACUGUUAGCACUUUAUGGGAUUUACAGGGAGGAUAGACCCAGCAGAAACCCAGGUAACAGUGUUUUACAGGGAGGACGGACAUGGCAGAUACCAUGGUUUUCUGCUUUAGUCCUUUCCUAUUAUUUAUUGUGACUUUUACACAGUAGUGGGAGGACGCACACUUUUUAAUUGCAUUUCAAAAUGAGGAUUUUACAAGCAAUGAUAAUGAUGUGAAGUGAUGUGGUGUCAUCGCUGAGUUUAGAUUUUUGUCCUUUAAAAUUUCCAUGGGUACCCAAGGGAGGUUUUUUUGAUCAUGAUUAUUUUUUUUUAACAUGGCUGCGGUUUUAUUGGACAGAAGAAAAAAAACAUAAAGAGCUGAAGUGUCCUGAUUGGUUGGAGGAGGUUGAAGAAAUUUGGCCUUACUGACACAUUAUAUUUUUUUCCUUUGUAUAAAAAAAACAACAAAGUAGGCUUUUCACUACCUCUCAUGUUGGUUCAUUUAUUUCACAUCUAGUUGUCAAUGUACAAGUUGUUUUUAGAUCUACUUGAAGCCUAACACUGUAAACAAAAAAUGUGCACAGAAAAAGACUAUGUAUGACCAGAGGGGUUGACGAGAGCUUGGCCUAGUACGCAUUAUUAUUAUUAUUGUUUGUAUGUGUGUUUGUUUUUGAUUAUGUUGAGCUAAACUAGAUUUUGCAUCUCUGUAAAAAAUUCAGGAAUCCACUGUCUAAGGGCUAAUCCCAUUUUUGCCUAUGCAAAUCUGUUACUGUGGGUGAGUUGGGAAAGGGCGAACUACCUACCGCACCUUUCACCUGUUUUAGAUGGACCAUGGUUUACAUUGCCCUUUGCUGAUAUUCUUCAAUCUUAUUCAGCAAAAAUGUAUGCUUAUUUUUGUUUCUAUAUAAAUAUUAUAUAUAAAAUAUAUCUAUAUAUAUAUAUAUAUAUAACAAGUAAUAUACAGAGAAAAUAGUAUAUGCCUUUGUGAUGAUAAAACAGAAACCAUGCUGAAAACAAAUAAAUGUGUUGUUGUCUGACAUUAUGUGGCUGUGUGCUGAAAUCGUGGUAAGAUGAUUUUUAAAAAAUUACAGAAAUUCAACUGAUGGUAAAGCAGCUGAUUGAAAAAAUUUGAUUUUUCAGGCUACAUAAGUAGCCGAUCCUGUUCAGUAGUUCCAAAUGAGGGAAAUCUUUAUUUAUUCACUGCUUAACCAUAGCAUGAAAGCAUGUGAAAAAUUUCAUAAUUGGCCCCAGCCUAUGGAGUUAAAGCUCUUUUAAGGAAAUUAUGAUUUGCGUUGACUUUGGUGCCCCCUAUUGACAAAACAGUUUGUGUCUGCUUAUUUUGUCCUGGGCACGUGUGAGUAGUGUGCUAUAACAAAUUAUCUUCCUGGUUUCUUUGAAAAGUCAAACAUGUUCCAUAAAAAAUGCAGGAUUUUGUUUUGUGUGACAGCUACCCCACAGCAGUAAUGUCAUACAUUGACGUAACCAUACAGAAAUGAUUAGUGUAAAUUAGGGCUGUUGAGAUUAAUUACAUUUUUCAAAAAUUUUCUGUGACCUUAAUUUUUGAAAUAAUUGUAUGGAUAAAAUCUAAAUUCCACAGGUAAACACCAUCAUAGAUUGACUAGUUAGUGGACAAUCUGCCUUUGGUCCUAACUUGUUUCAAAAGCUAGUAGAAAGUUUUGAUGACAUUAAGGAACAAGUCCUUUCUAAUGAAUGUUAUCUCUAAAUCCACCAGCAAUGUAGUCUUUCUCAGAUCAUCAACAUAUUUGAUUAAUGUGCUUAAUUAAUUACAUAGCCUUUAAUUAAUUAAAUAGAUUUUUAUAAUCGACUAGUCACAAGUUAAAAUCCUUGAUCCAUCAGUAAAAGUAAGUCUGUAAAUAAACAGGGAGUCAAUUUCCCCUAGUCUAAGACAGUAGAAAAAAUGAUAAAAACAGUUUAAAAUGCAAAAUAGUGGAAUUAAAAAUGUGAAAAUGGUGUGAUUAAUUGCGUUUAAACUUUGUAAUCUUUUGACAUCACUAGUCUGGAUGCUUAUUGUCUUUUUGCUUUUGUGAGUCAUAAAGAUAUGUCGGUAUCAAUAUAAGUCACUUUUUUUUUGCAAACAACUCCUUACAGGAGCUUUAACAAGACACAUGGGCCAACUAGAAUUUGUCAUUGGUUUUAUUGAUAAUUGUGAUUGGUUUUAAAGUAAGACUGUGUUACUUUUGCUAAGUAAAGGCUGUUGUUGCAGCUGACACUUAAAAGAGAAGAUGAUUUGUUUAUUUUAGCAGAAAUAGUCAUCAUAAAGAUGGUCAGUUAACUUGGUAAUUUAAGGCUAGUAAACAGAGUGAGUGGUCACUACAGACCAAGUGUGACAGCAACACCAAAACCUUUGAAUCAAUAAGCAAAAGUUCAUUUUACUGUGUAUAUUUUUUUCCAUUAGUAAGAGUCGGACAGCUUUGUUUCUUUGUAAAAGUUGCAUAGUCUGACUUUGAAGGGCUGAGUUGGAGCAAAAACCUUGAAACAGGAUUGGUAAUUUAUGGUAUUUGCCUUUGAAAUGUGCACUGUCUAAACAAACAAGACACAACCAGCAUGUAAUUCAUGAAAUCAAAACAUCCAUUUGCCAUAAAAAUGAGCAUUUUAUCAGGGUUAUCUUUAUGUUGUUUGUCAUUGAAAGCUGCUUUGAUCUGAAAGGUAUAACAUGGUGUCAUCAGUAAAUGGCGGCGACUUAUUUUUCUAUUCUUCCUUAAUUUUUUGUAGCUGCAUCCAUUCAGACUAUCACUGUGUUCAAAUGGUAGCGUUUAUACAGAAAAUCGCAAAAGUGGGUUUUGUCUUUCUUUUUUGAUACUUAACUGACGGAAGAUACAUGAAAAGUCGGUUACAGGUUGCUCAAGCCGCUUUCAGCUUUGAGUUGGGUUUUUGAGAUUUGGGUUUAUUUCUGUUUAUUUUCUUAAAUAAAAGUUUUAUCUCCUGAAGAGAAAUUUAAGUGAGAAUAGGCUGGGUCAGAAUUGUAUAGAUCUUUCCCACAUAGUAUCAUGGUGGAAGAAAAGAUGGGUUUAUUAACUGAUGUUGGUUCAAAAUGUUUUCUGUGUUCCCUUGGUUGGAUUUGGUGCCUCUUUAUGCUUCAAAACAGACCUCAAGAUCUCUUUCAGUCUUUUCUUUUUGUGUCUGUCUCUCUCCUUCUCCCUGUGAAAUCAAACAAUACUGUUAAUAGCAGUAAGAGCCGAGACAGAAAAAUCACACAGAUGUUUGUUUCCUCCUUCAUAAACACUGUCACCCUCAAUGUUAAGUCUGAACCUAUGUUAAAAGUAUUUGUGCUACUAAAAGAGAUUAUGUUUGUGCAGGUACUGGAUCAAGUUGGAUUUGGACAGAUUUAGGCAAUCACUUUCUCUUUAUUGAUUUAGAUGCCUAAGCCUCAUGGUUUUUGUCAUGCCUUUGUAGAUAGAUCGCAGUCAUCGAGAGAUGAUCCGCGGAUAAAGAAUUUUACUGUCACUUUAGGCAAACUGAUAAAAAGGUGGCAUUUUUUCUAUUCAGCAUGCUUUUGCUAAAUAAAUGAAGUAAUUCAGUUAUUUGCUAUAAACGAUACUGUAUGAGUAUGUAUUCAAGUACUGCAGUAUGCAGACAAUUAAAGAUAUCAGAAACUCUUUUCAGAGGUUCAUAUUUUCUUCUAGUAUGUUUCACUAAUAUUGACAGUUAUGGAUUCUUAAUUAUUUUGAGUGUCUUAUGAAUUGCCAAAAGGACUUAACGACACUAUUUGUAUGAAACAUAUACUCUAUGGAUGGUUACUUCCAUGUGCAUGACUCACAGAGCAAUUUAACCAAGACAACAGUGUUUUUUUAGACAGGAGUUUGGUCAGUCAAGAGCAACUUUUUGUUUUGUUUCACUGGUUGCUUGACAACUUUGGUGCUGACUGAGUUCCUGACUGUUUUAUUCACACCAAACAAGGUGAAAUAUUAUCUUCGUUGUCGCUGCUGGUCAAAAAAAAGAAAAAAGAAAAAAAAAGCUAUGGGAGUGAAAUGUAUUUCUCUUGCAAACCAUAAUCUUUCUGCACAUGAAGAAUGAGGGCUCUAAUGUUCAGAUUCAAAAAGGUCUACAUGAGAAACUAAACCCUAAGCAUCAAAGAGAGCUCAUGAGUUCAACAGAUUGUGCAACUUCCUUGAGCAUGUUGGAGCACUGUUUGGCUAACCUCCAGGGUUAGGCUGAACAAGCAUCUGACCGCUUUUCAUCCUAACUUUGAAUUUUCAAAGAAAUCUGAUCAUCAGUGUCUGUCCAAAGCACCAUGAGAUGCAGGAAUCCUAUUCAUGUAGCAUUGAAAAUACAUCUAUAUUAUUAGUCCAACCUUGUUGAGGGAUGAACUGCAAAGCUGUGAAAAUUAAAUUGAGCAGCUUCUCAGUGUAAGAUAAGAUUAGUGGUAGUGACAGGUCCUUGCAUGAUAGUGCAAUACAGAUGUGACUACUUGUACCCAAUGACAGAAGAAUAAUUCAAAAUCUUAUUUGAGAAAAUGUGGAUAUUUUCUUUAAGACUCAACUCGGUUAGCUUACUUUAGCUGCACAAAACAGUAGUCAAAAUGUGGGAGAGGUUGUCAACUUCUUGGAAAAAAAUCUACCACAUACUUGGAUACUUUCACCUUCUUGCCUAGUUUUAGAAGAGCAGAUGGAUACCAGUCCCAAAUGUACACACUAACUAUGAAGCUAGCUGUGAAGCUUUGUGUAGCUAGGACUACCUAGCUAAGAUUAUCAAAUUGAAACUGCAAGCCUCUUCUAUCCAGCUCAAAGGCUCACUCAAUUUUUGUUGUGCAAAGUAUGAAAACAACAAAUGUUAAAAAAAAAGAUAUUUGUUGUGUUUAAGGGGGUAUGGUUUGAGACGUAUCCAAGACAGCUCAAAAAUAGUCUUGCUAUGCUAAGCUAACCAUCUGCUAGCUUCAUAUUUAUCAGAGUGGUAUUACUCUUUGCAGAAGCAAACAAGUGUAUUUUCCAGGUUUUAAACUAUCUGUUCAAAAGGUAAAUAAUGGUGGAGCUAUGUAACAUAUAAUGAAAUGAUAAACAAGGUUUAAUUUGUCUAGCAGUUGUCAAAAGACUGUGAGCAACAACACUUUACUGAUGGAAAUAUCUACCUUCUGCUUCCAUGUAAGCGGGUCAAAGAAAAACAAAUGUGUUGGACUCCGAAUGUUGCUUUCAAUGACACAAAUUUGUCUUUCUCUGUCAUAUUUUUCUGUCAUCUCUGAAUCAUCCAUGUUUUAUCUUCAUUAUCAACAAACCCUAAAGACUCUGCAAACCUGGUGUGGAUUAAAAGUAAUCCCAUCAGAUACAAAUGAAUUUGUAAUCAUGUCAUAUCAAAACACUGUUUAUUUUUCUCAGUCUGCACUGUACUGUUUUCAUUUAUUUUAACAGGAUGCUUUUUUUCAAUUUUCUUCUCAAAAGAAUUGAAAAUUGUUCUCAACACCUCUCGGCCUCAUUGAGUUACCAUUAUGUCAACAUCGUGUUCAGUUGUGGUACAUUUUGAUCCACGGUUCAGUCUCUGUUUACUUGAUAACAUCUUCCAUUAAGAGAAAACUCUAGUCAAUGGUAACUGCCCUUGAAUAUCUGUAAUUUAAAUAGUGC